AUGAAGCGUGUUGACUUUGCUGCCAUCAUGCAAGAGCCGGUCUCAAGUCCUGAGAGGACAUCAAAACGACAGGCUCUCAAGAGCUUCGCUUCCAAGCUGAAAAGGAGCACUAGCAAAAGGGACUCUACAGGUGAUCGCUCUUAUGGAAAUCGUCGCAAAAGUCACCUUCUGGACGUGCCAUCUGUCGUUGUUGAAUCUGAGCCCAACAUCCUGGCCGAAUGGGGCAACAAAAAAUCAUACGACUUACCGCGACCAUCAAGAGAUUCAGUCGCAGGACAAUACUUCGUUGGCUAUAUCUCAAAGCCAUCACAAAAUUCGCCCAGAUCUAGCCCUAAGCAACUGAGUCAUGAUGAGCUUGUCAACUACUUUGCUGGGGCGCCAGAAUUUGACAUUAGAUCUCUCAGACCGAGAGUCAGCUACCGCUGGAAAUUGGACGAGGAAAGUGGUGAGCCGCAGGAUUUUAUUGAUGUCGGUCAUGCUACCUUUGAGGCUGCUACGCUUCGACGUCGGGAAAGAACGAGACAACUUCGAGACCUGGUUGCGGAAGACGCCGACAAUCAGAUUCCUAUGAUGGAAGUGCCAAAUAUGAUGAGUUUGAACGGAAGCGAACCCGGAACUAUCGGCUUGGAGUAUUUCUUGCAGAUGCCUUUGGCAGAUAGCAAACGCUGUGCCGAAGACGAUGACGAAGCACUCAGAUUCAAGCGACAAUUUUUGAUUACCUCGCCUGAGGACCUGGAGCUCAGACCUCUCAAUCUGGACUACCUGAUACACAGACUUGGCCAAAUCAACGAUAGUAGACGAUCUAAAGACGGUAAUGAACAGCGUAAGAGGAUGCGCGGCGAACAAAAGGCCGCUAAACUACAUACGGAACUUUUCUCGAACUUGCUCCCAGAGCCCGAAAGAGAAGAAGACGACCCUCCGUUCACAGACCUGGAUGCUCAAGUAGUGGCGCUUGCGAGAGUUCUAGUUACGACUAGACUUUGGUAUGACUUCAGCUUGGUAGAACAUCGAAUCCGCUUGGGCCAGAUCCUGUGGCCAUGCACAGACUACGAGGAUGAAUUGACGGCCGCGUUCGAGAGACAAUCAAUGCCCACCGAACGCGACAUAUUACUGCUUCAAAUUACCCUGGCUUGUGAGCUACUGAUCAGGGUCGAGCUCUCUGGCUUUCCUACUUCUGGCUUUUCACGCAAAUUACGAUGGGAUCUUGUUCUCGCACAACGUUUCCUCGACAGUAUAAAUAUCGCGCCCAAGAUUUCAGCUGAGGAUGAGAGUCCGUAUCGCAACAGCGUCUUGUCGAUUGCUACUUUUGUGACGGCAAGGGAGAGUCUGGAUGAAGAUCGUGUUGACAGUCUAGAUGGGAGCCAUGCAGAGCCAAUUAUGUACCCGCGGCACGAGAAGAGACAAGUGGCAGGUCUACUAAAAUUUGCGGAAACACUCGCAUGGCCACAUACAGAGGAGAUACAGGAGCGAUUUGCUGAGCGAGUAAGACGACACUCGCGUGGUACCUUUAGUGUCUACGGCGCAUCAAUGGGUACGCCGGGUCAAGCAGCGCUCGGCCAGGGCAAUCACUUUGGCCAACAGAAGCGACCGCAGGCUAGUAGAACAUGUACUGCGCAAUCGCUACAACUUCUGCCCGCCUCCGCGUACAGAGCCGAUACCUUUGAUCUCGGUGGCUGGUUGAGCCGAUCUUGGUUGACAGGUUUUGUAUUGCCUGGCGAAUCUACUUCACACCUGCUCAUCUCGACAUUACUCGAAAACUCGCCCGCAGCAGUGGCUGCACUCGGUGACGCUGCCAAUCUCUAUCAAGGCUUUGUCUACAAAUCACGCAGCUACUGGAGUAAGAGCUGUGUAGUAGGAAGAGUAAUCGCAGCCGUCAAUGGAGCAACCGACUGCAUGGGCUGGAUAUCCUGCAGCAGCGCACCAGUCGACCAAAAAGAUGGAUGGGUGAACCUCGAAGUCAAAGACCUCCCCAGCUCUUCAACACCACGUAUUGCCGACAGCACAGCUCUAGCAGCCGACUCUGCUUUCGUUCCUGGCGAGAAAGGUACAGUAACCGAUGUCGAAUUCACAUGGCCAGUGGAUGGCUUCACAGUGCUCGGCAAUGAAGCAAGAUAUCACGGUUUCAGUCUCCUCCCCACAGGCACGAAUUUCGAACUCCAUCCUACAACACCUUCAGAUGAGCCUUGCAUAGAAGCACAUCUAGCACCCAUACCCACUUCCGUCGCCUUUUUAGAAUUCAGCACGAAACGCAGUUCUGCACCUGUCAAGGUCACCCUCCCACUCCUCUACGACGUUCAUUUCAUCUCCGCAACCCCUUGUUUCCCCAACAUUUCUCGCCCGUCCACACCUGCCACUGUCCAUGCUUCUUCAAAAUCACGCUCUGGUCAGCAUUCUCGUGUUGCUUCGACGAAAGAACUGCCACUUCCCCCAACUCACCCUUUACAUUCUUCCUACGCCAUUGAAGUUAUACCGGCGGCCACGAUCCUUGCGGACGACUUUACAGAUACGAUACAAUUGGGAGAAGGGACAGUGGUUUUGGAUUGUAGAGGUACGGGGGAGUUGCAGUUGUUGGCGAGGGCUUGGUGUGCUAAAGUUGGUGAGAAUGCUGUGGUGGGGAGGGUGGGUAAGACGUGUUUGGGGUGUUGUGUCAGGGAGGCUAGGGGCUUGGGGGUCAAAGUUGUUAUUAGGGUUUAA